UUAACUUUACAAUUUUUUUGGAUAAGAUUUAUUUAUCUAUUCGCUUUGCUAGUGCUAGUAAAAUAAUUCGUUUUAUUUGAAUGGUAAUAGAGAUAUUCAAAAUAACUACACCCAAGUUCAUAUUUAUACACUUUGAAAUGCAAUGACUGUCUUAGUUUAUUAUGGUCAGAGGUGUUAUUAUUGAUCUGGUUUCAAGUGACUGUAAUUAGACAUUACUGUAGUUAAUCCAGGCCACGGUUAGGUUUCCAUGGCAACUUGAGUGAUGGCGGCGCUGCAGGCGGGUUCACAACACGGAAGCGGGAAGUGAAAAUUGAAGAAAGGAAACAAAUUGAGUAAAUAUUUAAUAGUACACUGUCGUAGUUUAGUGUGCCCUGUGUUUGAGGUUAAAUACGAAACCAUGUCGGCCAAAUGUAGCUAAUUAAAUCAAUGUCGAUAACAUUUAUCCGAUGUUUUUAAAACGAUUACAAUGGCGGUGGACAAACGCGAUCUAAAACGUGAUGUUUUUCGGAAGGUGAAAAGUUUUCUACCUGUCUUUGAGAUAGCAAGUGCUACUGCUGUAAUAACUGUGAUAUCGAUCGCUUUAUUCCUCACCGCCGCCUGCUUUAAUGUUGAUCCACGUGUUUUUGGAUUGGAGCACACGGCUGUAGCGGAUUUGCGUGUGUACAAGCUGUUGACCUACACAUUCCUCCACGCAGACCUGCCCUCGCUCGUGUGUAACAUCGCUAUCCUCUGGUACUUUGGCAGUGAGUUGGAGAAGAGCGUGGGCACAGUCAAGUACUGCUACCUCUUUGUUGUGUUCUCUGUUGCGUCGGGAUUGCUCUGCUUGCUCCUGGACUACAUCGUGUACGGUGUGGAAGGCAGUGGAGUCAUCAGCGGGUUUACCUCCGUGGUGUUUGCCAUGAUUGGCAUGAGCAGUACCCGGUCCAGGAUGAGGCGUGCCUUGCUGUUCGGGGUCAGCGUCCCCACAGUCCUGGCGCCCUGGGUUCUCCUGCUCAUUGCAUUUGUAGUGCCCGGGACGGCGUUUCUCUGUAAUGUCAGUGGGAUUGUGGUGGGCGAGAUCUACGGCGUGGGCUUGUGUUUCAUCCUGGAUUUAUCAGAGUCGAGAGCGUCGA